AUGGGCAAUGGUUCGAACGGCCAGGAAGAUGGGUUGAUAAUCGUUAUGGCUGUUCGUUCUGUGCUUGGAAAGCUGGGUAGGAGUAGAUUUAUUCCCAACAAUGGAAGACUUAUCAUGGGUGGGACUUCUCCUACUGUUUGUUCCUCUCCUCAUCACCCUUUUGAUUAUUAUGGGGUCGUCCAUGAUCAAAACAAAGCGGAUCAAAAAAGCAAUCCUUUUCUUCUUGGAUCGCUUAUGAAAGAGCCAGUUUAUUGUCAUUUGGAUUUUGGAGGACUAGGACCUGCUCGUUUCGCCAUCGAAGAGUUGAGGAAGAAAAGGAAUAUUCAACUGCAGUCUGUGAGAGUGCUGAGGGUGUUAGCAAGGAAACAUGUUGGCUUGCUACAAUAUGAUUCUUACUAUGAUCUACUGCUGGAGGCAGUUGAUGCCGAUGUGAUGAGAUAUUUCGAAGUAACAGUGUCAGUUAAUUCCAGGGAUGGCUUGUGGUUGGAAGACUUUUGUCUUCUCGUUGAUAAUAAAAGACCUAUAAGAUUAUAUCAUCACCUAGACAACUUUUUUGAUGCAAAUGCUAAGGCUCGAGAGCAGUUAUCAUUUGGUAUGCGAAAAGGAAACCUCUCUCUGCUGCCUCCUUCAGCCCUCCCUCAUCUCUCAUACACAAACCCGGGACACAAAGAGGAAACCACCACUCCAAAACGCAGAGGUCGAACGAAUGCAUGUGAAGCGGCGAAACACUUCGGUCCAGCUCCCGGUGUACCUCAAAAGUACACCAAACCUUAUGUCCGGUCAAAGAGAAGGAAGUUUGAGAAGGCUAGAGGAAAGAGGAACAAUGAGGGCUUUAGAGGCAUUGCUGUUUCAACAAGAGAGAAGCUCACUACCAUCAAUCUCGAAAACUAUCCAUGUCUGCAGCUUGCGGAAGUUGAAAUUAGUGUGUUCAGAAAUGUGAAAGGUGGUGUAUGUGAGAGUUAUGCAACUCCUAAACCCAUAAAGGUGGCUCGUUGGGAUUUAGACCACUGUUGUGGAGACUUAGAUAAUAGCCAUUCUCUUAUGAUAUUGCAAGACUGUAGUGGCUUUGACACAACCCCAGUAGAUGUCUUUAAAUGUAUUGCCUUUGAGUAA